GCCGUAGCCCCAUUGAAAAAUUAGCCUCUGUCAGGGGUGAAGACUACUACUAGUACAUGCUUAAAGAUUCCACUGCUGCACUGCAGACUGUUACACUUUUUUCUUCUCAAGACCUGAGUCCAAAACUUGUAAAGCUUCUGCAGAAUAAAAACACAAGCAUGCAUUGCAAACCACUGCUCACCACAAAAUUUUCAAACACAAUCACAGUAAACUCCGUUGCUCAGCAGAAGAGUUUGUUCAAGGAGGUCCGUUGUUAGGGUUUGAUUAUUAGGCUCCGAAUCUCUGUUCUUCUGCUUGUAAGUCUCAAGUAGCCAAAAGCCAUCAACAAAACAAUCCAUGAGGGCAACAACGAAGACAAUCAUGUCCACCAUUGGAACUAUAGCUGCCACGGCUAUGGUGGCACGCAGCUUGGCCCGAGACUACGUGCCCCCUGAAAUCCAGGAUUACUUUCACCUCGGCCUCCGUCAAUUUUUUAGACGCUUCUCCAAUCAGCUCACAAUGGUGAUUAACGAGUAUGAAGAGAUCGAAAGCAAUGAAAUAUAUGAUGCUGCGGUGGUCUAUCUUGGAUCUAAAGUCUCUCCCAACACGCGUCGUCUUAAAGUUGCUAAACUGAAACAAGAAAACAACAUCUCACUCACCAUGGAGCGUAACGAAGAGGUGAUUGAUACAUUCAAUGGUGUUGAAUUUAAGUGGACUUGGGUGUGCCAACAACUGGAAAAAUCCAAUACAUACUACAAUGAUCACCAGACGAGAUCAUUUCGAUCUGAAUUCCGGUUUUUCAAGCUCAGUUUUAACAGAAAACACAAAGAACAAGCGGUUAAUUCAUACUUGCCAUUUAUCUUAAAAGAGGCUAAAGACAAGGAACAAGAAUUCAGAACACUGAAGAUAUUCACUCUUCACUCGGACUACCUUUUCUCUUCACCGGAUAAGUGGCAAUCAGUGAGUCUUGAUCAUCCAGCAACUUUCGAGACACUUGCGAUGGAUGUGCAGCUUAAGGAGACAGUGUUGAAAGAUCUAGAGAGGUUCGUGGCGAGGAAAGACAAGUAUAAGAGAGUUGGAAAGGCUUGGAAAAGAGGUUACUUGUUGUAUGGACCGCCAGGGACCGGAAAAUCUAGCUUAAUUGCGGCUAUGGCUAAUUAUUUGAAAUUUGAUAUUUAUGAUUUGGAGUUGACGGAUUUGAAGAAGAAUUCAGACCUCAGGAAGCUGUUGAUUGCCACCGCGAAUAGGUCAAUUUUGGUUGUGGAGGAUAUUGAUUGCAAUAUUGAGUUGCAGGAGCGGGUGAGUGCAGAAUCCGAAGACAGAAAGCCUCACCAUAAAGAAAAAAACAGGGUAACGCUAUCAGGCUUUCUAAAUUUCAUAGAUGGAUUGUGGUCUAGUUGUGGAGACGAGAGGAUCAUAAUAUUUACGACGAAUCACAAGGAGAAGCUGGACCCGGCUUUGUUACGCCCUGGGCGAAUGGAUGUGCACAUCCACAUGUCAUACUGCACUCCAUGUGGCUUCAGACUUCUGGCUGGCAAUUAUUUGGGAGUUGAGGAUCACAAGCUUUUUCGCGAGAUUGAGGAGUUGAUUCUGACUACAGAGGUGACUCCGGCUGAAGUGGCUGAGCAGCUCCUAAAGAGUGAUGAACCUGAUGUCUCACUUGCUAGCCUGAUCAGUUUUGUUCAUACAAAGAAAAAGGAAAAUGAAGAGGCCAAGGGCAAGAAAGCAACAGAGGAGGUGGCUGCAUUAGUCACAGAGGCAGCGAAAGAUUGCGAAAAAGGCGAUCAGAAUCAAGAAUCUGAGAAAAUUCAGAAACCACAAGUUUAGCCUACUAGAUGUUUAAGGCAUCUAGAACGAAAGGGAAGAUUUAACCAAGAGAAAAUUAGUGUGAAUAUUUAACGAGGAGAGAGUUAAUGUUGUUGUUGGUGUUUGUAUUGAAUAUCUGUAUCUUAUCUGAAUUCCUCUUGCAAUCAUUUCCAGAAAAAAAAAACAUGUAU